AUGGCCUCGCGCCAGCACAACCUCCGACCUGCAUCAGCGCGCCGCAUACCGCAGCGCUACAAAAACAGGGACAAAGAAGAAGAGAGAGGAGCGCAACCUCGGGCGCUGUCCAGAAAUCAUAAUCCAACUUUUAUAUCUUCUGUACAGCCGCAAAAUUCGGACCUCGGAAAGUACUGCGCGUUUCCCUCGCGUCCGCUCAACGAUCCGGACCCAGGACCAAGUGAAUUGGUCAAGGCCACGAGAGAGUGCUUCACAAGCGGAAAGAGGGAAGAGUUGGAAAGGAAACUGAGAGCUGCGGAUUCGCCCGGAAACCAAGGUGAGCAAAAAUUUCCCAAAAUUUUGGCUGCGCGCCCUCGUUCCCGCGUGUUUCCCGAGCUGACGUCGGAGAAAGACACAGGAGCUUCAACCCCAACAUCACCAAGGAUGGCUCUUGUUGCCAGACUGCCACCCAUGGAAUCGGGCCUGGGCAGGUCGUCGGACGACAUGGACAGCCCGUUCGUUGGAGAAGAAAUUUACUGGGGGUCUGAUUCGGACGACGAGCCGCCUCACGCUUAUUCCAGCGCGCCAGACGCCCCGUUGAGCCCGCGGGAGGUGUUGCACCCGUUCUCGAAGGUGGCACGGCGGCUUUUGAGCCUCAGUGGUUUGCAGAUUCAGAAUUUUCUUACCAAGUAUCUGGCAGAAGACAAGGUUUGGGAGACGUACGAGAUGAAUGUGGACAAGAUCCCGUAUCGUGAGCUGAUGGCGGAGGCUGCGGAGAGAAAUUUAUGCCACUUCUCCGAUUUGAUCAACUUGUAUCCCCCGGAACUCAGUACCUACCGGAUCACGGAGAGGGAUGUUGAUCAGGCCGCAGAGUAUAUGAAGCAUCGGGGUCUGGAUGAAUAUACUAAAGAUCUGAAAGGCUGGGUGGGCGUCAGCACGAGCGGCUUUGGUCAUCUGGACAUUACAGAGCCUAUUGUGCUCGACGCCAAAGACAAAGAUGACCUUGGAAGAGCGCGACCUUCUGGACCCAUUGACAUGGGGCAAAUCGAGGCCGCUGCAGUAGUCCAAGCCAGGAAAAUGGCUGCCGAAAGCGAUAAGAAGUGCCUUAUAAACGACGCUUUCCUCGGUACAGCCCCCAGAGUUAUCCCGCGUUCGGUGCCAGACGCCAGCCAGGGUAAGAUUGUUCGAGAUGGCAUCCACGUCACGCCUCAGCGAAACCGCCUUGUCCGCUCUGGGAUUCUCAGCGACGUAACCAACCUCAUCCCAAUCAGCUGGCUUGAGAGCGACGAACCUUUCGGAAGAAGGCAGCUGGAUGGCCAGCCGAGCUCUCCUACGGACCUGAACGCGUAUGAGCCUCAGACGUCCCUGCUUGCAAGGUCAACAAUAGCCAUGGCAGCGAUGCGAAGAAGCCGCGUUUUGCGAACGACGACGGACGACUCCCGCUGUGAUCAUCCGUCGUUGGGAGUCACUCGUGCAGAAAACACGGAUUUACGACGACAGGUUGCCUCUAUGCAAGCUUUGAUCAACUCCAACGGAGCAGUGCAAGACAAGGACAACGGACUCUUUGGCACAGCCGCCGGGCCAGAAGUAUCGGCGGUUGUCAGCGGCGGGCUAACCGCUGGAUAUCAGUCUCUGAGCAAUCGACGGGAGACACCGGCCACAACUGUAGACCAGCAUGAUACCACGAAAGACAGCACGGAGCCACCAGCGGCCCAGGAUUCCUGCAAUCCACGAGAGUAUCGUAAAGAGCUCGAAGAGCUCUCGAGUCCGGUUGCUGCGGCCAACACGAAUAGUGUCCAGCUCCAGCUUAGCAGGGAAAUCGACAAGAUAUGUAGGCGCCACCUCUGGGAAGAAGGCAAAGCUCCCGUAGGCAGACCAAGGGCUCCUCGCCCGGCGUCGAUGGAAGUCGCCGAAGAUGACUCGGAUUAUACUCCCGGAAGCAGCGCGGGGAAAAAGCGCAGGCAGAGCGUGCAAGCUCAGAAAACUCCCGUGAAGCAAAGGAAACUUGGCACAACGCCAAAAACUCCAGUGCGAUCUCAGUUCCGAACGGCGCCCAUGACAAGCAGCCCAAGAGAACCAAUCAAGCCUCUGAAUUUAAUUUCCAUCGACCGUCAACGGGCAAGCGGACAAGAGGGCGCGAGUCUUUCCUCCAAUGCACCGCCUUCCCCCGUAGUUCCUAUUUCCCCGUGCCCACGCCGCUCAUCCAAAGCAACCGGUACUGGCGGCGAGCCGAACAAGGGUAAAAAGAACGCAGCACCCAUCUUCGGCCUUCACCGAAACCAGGAGCUGGCGAGGCCCGCCGACUCGACGGAAAACGCUGAAUACGCGUGGUCGGCUGAGACGGCCGACUUCGCCGCCAAUUCCGAGGUCGCUCGGUAUGCCCUGAGGGCGAACCGGCUCGCUGGCGACGGCCUGAGAAUCGGCCCAAGCGGCUGGCCGGAAGAUGCGCUGACGGCGCUCACCAAGCUAAAGGACGAGUUCCACGCGGUUGAGUUCCAGCAGAGGGGCAGUGCUACGCGGAACGCGGAGGAGAUCAAGUUUGCAGGGUGCGCAGGCCGGGCUCUGUAUGCUGAAUUUGCGACGGAGGCAGAGUUUGCGUUGGAGGUGAGCGGUGACGGGUGUGAAGAGACAGAUGGUCAUGAUGAUGUUGCGUGGAGUUGA